UAAAAUGCGCCUGAAGUUGUUCUCGACUUUGCUCAGUUUUUUAUUUUGUUUUCUAAAGCAGCGACAGACGGAAGAUAUUAUUGACUAAAGCGGCAGCGGGACAAACCGGCAGAGACGCAGAGGACAUGAGGAGUUUCAGGGAAAGGAGUCCGUGUUAAACGAAGCAGAAACCGGGUUCCUGCGGGUCUCCAUGUGGUCCAGUCCGAGUUGUUUAUGGUUUUUAUCUUUAUUCUACUGAAGCUGAGGACAUGUCCAGGAAGAUCCCGGACAGAUGGCAGGACUACAGCGCCGUGGGGAAGAGACUGAAAGGAACCCGCUUCAUCGCCUUCAAAGUGCCUCUGAAACAGGCUUUGACUAGGACACUGCCCUGCUCUGAGGCGUUCGGCCCCUGGGAGCUGCUGGACGCUCUGCAGAAGGACGACCAGGAGCUGGGGCUGAUCAUCGAUCUGACUUUCACCACACGUUACUACAACCUGCAGGACCUUCCACAGUCGCUGCUGUUUGUCAAGAUCUUCACGGCGGGACAUGAGGUUCCCAGCGACGCCACCAUCCUGAGCUUCAAGCGUGCCGUGCGCCGCUUCCUCCGGGACAACGAGGACAAUGGUGAGGGGAGGAGCCAGCAGAGGAGGGACGAAACGCAGCAGUGAAAGAAAGAACGACCA